AUGAAGUUCUCCAACGUCCUCAUGUUUGCUUCCUUCGCCUUCGCUGCACCAGCAGUUGAGGUUGAGGUCAGACAGCAGACUGCAACUGGUGUUGUGGUCCAGUCUGUAGGGACUGUUAGGACCACUGUCGACACCAACGUUGGUGCAAUCAAGUCUGCCCUUCAAGGCGUCACUGGCAACGUUGAGGCCCAAGUGCAGGCAACCGUUAAAGCCAAUCUCAAUGCCAUCCUCGAAGCCAUCAAGGCCUCCACAAACACCAUCGUCGGAGCUACUACUGGAGCCGCUGGUGGAAUCGUUGGUGCCGCUACUGGCCUGACCCAGCAGCAGAUCAACGAUCUUGUCCAGGCUAUCCAGAACCUCAUCGCCGCUAUCGCCCAGCUCAAUGUCCUCAUCACCGCUGAAGCCACCGACCUCACCACCCCGCUCCGUACCUUCGCCCAGGCUGAGAUCACCGCUAUUCGUAAUGCUAUUAGCCCCUUCGUCACUCCUGUUACCGUCUUUGCUCAAGCUGUCACUCUUUUCUCCGCUAGAGUUGGCAUUGUCGUCACUGGCUUGGCUAAUGUCACCACCUCCCUCACCACCUACAUCAACAUCCUUCUUGGCUCGUUCGGCCUCGGUAACCUCCCCAACAUCAACCUCUCUGGCGGUCCUGUGAUUAACAAGCGUGCCGCUCUCUAA